AAGCUAAUAAGCAAGCAAAGAGAGAAUUGAAUUGAAGAUGAGUGGCACAGGCAUAGCUGAAAGAUGGAAGGUUCUGAGUGGGAGUGAAAACUGGAAAGGGCUUCUGGACCCUUUGGAUUCGGAUCUCCGCCGCUACCUCAUUCACUACACAACCAUGAGUGUACCCACAGGAGAAGGUCUCAUAACUGACCCAGCUUCCAAAAAUAUUGGAUUGUGCAGAUACGCCAGGAGAAACCUCCUCGCCAACACAGGAGUUGUCAAGGGAACCCCCUUCCAAUAUGAAGUGACCAAAUACUUGUAUGCAACAGCAGGAACCUCAACCGGAGUUACAGGGUAUGAUGUGAGGCCAGCAAGAGCGGAUGCAUUGGUAAAGGAAACAAACUGGAAUGGGUAUGUGGCUGUGGCCACGGAUGCUGGGAAAGUUGCUUUGGGACGAAGAGACAUUCUGGUUGUUUGGAGGGGAACAAUGCGACCCUUAGAGUGGGACUCUAAUUUCACAUUCUUUUUUACUAAGGCGCCAUUAAUCUUUGGCGAAAAUUCUGAGCCUCUGGUGCAUAAGGGUUGGUACGAUAUGUAUACCACCACCAAUCUAGAUGUCCAACAGACUGCCAGAGAUCAGCUUCGUGACGAAGUUGCAAGACUUGUUGAGUUAUACAAGAACGAGGAAGUUAGCAUAACCGUGACAGGACACAGCUUGGGUUCAGCCAUGGCAACACUGAGUGCAACAGACCUGGCUGUCAACUCAUUCAACUCAAAAAUUCCUGUCACUGCUUUCAUGUCUGCAGGUCCCAAAGUAGGGGACGUGAAUUUUAAGAAUGCUUUUGAAAACCAACAAAAUCUCAGAGGCUUGCGAAUCACCGAUGUCAAAGAUAUUGUUCCAGAACUUCCGCCACCUGCAAUCCCAAUUGGAGGCCCCCUACUGCCAUUUAUACCUUACCAAGUUGUGGGAGAGGUUUUGCUGAUUGAAUCUAAGAAAUCAGAGUUUUUGAAGCCUGAUCUCUCGGGUCUUGGCUAUCACGAUUAUAAUCUUUAUAUGCAUGGAAUUGAUGGAUUCCAAGGGUCGUCUCAAGGAGGAGGGUUCCAGCCUCACGGGGAGUUUGAUAUUGCCAAAAUUAAUAAGUAUCAAGAUGCUUUGAAAGACGAAUAUAAUAUACCCGUGGCCUGGUGGAUUGUAAAAGAUAAAGGAAUGGUUCAACAGGAUGACGGGAGUUAUAUUCUCGAUGAUCACGAACCGGAUGACAGAUUUUAAACCGCACCAUUUCAUUUCAUUUCUUUGCUUGCAUUGCUUUAAUUUGAAUAAGACAGCCACCCAGCUAUAGCUAGCAGUGUGGCUGAAUGCAUAUGUAACAUUUGUUACGUUGUUCACUUGUUUGUAGUUUGCUUGUUUGUUACGUUUUUGAAUAAACUCGAUCUCCAUCAAAUUUCUACUUAUU